AAAGACACCCAUAAAAAAGCCAGAAGAAAUUGUGAUUUCAAGUGAAUUUUAAUUGUUAAAUUGUUGAAAAGAAAAGUAAUCAAAUAUAAAUUCAAAUCUACGAGUUUUUGGCGCACAUCGACAAGGCACAAAGGUUUCCCCCACGGUUUACGGUCCAAGCAAAAUGCAUUUUCAUAUAUAAUUCGGAAAAUCUAUUCGGAGAUCUAUCAAAAUGGGUGACACUAUCGAUGAGGCGCCCACGCCGACGCGACGCGAUAAACCGCAAAGUUUGAACAUUAGCCAGGAGGAGGCAUCGGCAACGGCAGCGGCAGCGGCCACCUCCUCCUCCAUCCCAAUACCCGCAUCACGCAGUCCGCGCAGCAAAAUGCGACUUGCGGAACGCGACCAGAAACGCGAACACUCGGCGGACGGACUGGGAUCCGCGGUCGGUUGUCGGGAGGAGUUCGUGGGCCUCGAGGCAGCGCCGCGUCGCGAGAGUCUCAACAGCUGCGAGGCGGGCAGUCCCGGCAGUGCGCUAUCCACCAGUUUUGGCAAGUCUGCUGUUGGCCGUCUCAACUCCUCCAGGUACUCGUCCGGCGUCACGGGCAGCGUCAGUGGCAGCCUCUUGGGCAGCCUCGUCGGCGGCGGCACCACCACCCGCAAGUGUGUCCUGACGCUGGACGGGUACUCCUACGUAAUAGUGGCCAGCACGCCGGAGAGUUUGCCCAGCAAGCGAGACGAGGCCAAUAGUGCCAAUAGCAGCAACAGCAGCGGUGUUGGUGGUGGUGGUGCGGCGUCAGGAGGUGCCGUUUGUGGAGCAGCGAGCGGUGCAGCGAGUGGUGGAGCUGGUGCAGGAACAACAACGCCGGGCCACGAAGCCGCCGGCAGUCCCACAGUCUCCGAGCUCGGUGGCAUCGGCCCGAAUGCGACAAUAAAUGGUCAAGUGGCAAGACACGGCUCAUUGACCAUUAUUCGACGCACGAACAGCCGAAAUUUCUCGCAAAUAGACGCUGCACAGCUCACCUCGCCCUCGACCUCGACGACGGCCUCCGGCAGCAUCAGCUUCGCCCAGGCACCGCUCAGUGAACCACUUGCAGAGCGUCUCAGCUCCAGGCACCAGGCACAGUCCGGGGCCAACGGAUCAGCCCGCUCCUCCUCCUCCAACGAGCAGGGGGGCAGCAGUCAAUUGCCAGUCGCCGCCGCCGCAGCCGCAGCCGCAGCCGCAGCCACCAGCAAAAUGCAGCCCUCGUCGCCGAACGCGUCAAACUAUCUGCCCGAGAAUGUGCCGGUCUCGUCGGCCAAUCCGUCAACAACCGAUAUAAACGCCGGUCGCGACUCCUUGGAAUAUUUCACUAAUCAAUCGCUCAAUCCCACCGCCCAUACCUCGAUGUCACGGGAGAAUGACAAUCCGCAGUCGCACCAUUCGUACGAGAACGCUUCGAAUCUAUCGUUCGGGGCGAUACAAUGGGAAACCGAAAGCCUUCCGCCAGUCGAUACGCCAGAUGCCCUUAACAAAGCGGCUGGGAGAAUACGUAGUCUUCUCCGCCGCAUGGAUCACGAGACCGUUGCCUACGAGGACAUGCAGCGCAAUCUGCAUUAUGCGGCUCGUGUGCUCGAAGCGGUCUUCAUAGACGAAUCAAGAAGCCCCACAACAGGUAAAACAAAGUUGGGGCAGAUUGCGUCUUCAUCCGUUGAGAACGAAGACAGCGAGUCGGCCAGGCAGCGUUGCAACGGAAACUGCAAGAACCUCAACUGCAGCCAACACAGCCACAGCCGUGACCAGGCGGACUCGACGGUAUCCGGCGGGGAGCAGCAGCAGGAUAACAACAACUCCAACAGCAGCUGCUGCCUGCAGAAGAGGUCAGAGGAAGAGGAGGCCCAGCCGGGAGGCACAAAAACUGUGGCAGCUGACAAUCAGGCCAGCAUAGAGAGUCGCACCAAAGGCGUGUCUAUGGCCCCACAGACUCACAGCGGGCCCACGGGUCCGCCACCGACAGCGACUGUGACACCUGGCGGCGCCGAAGAGACGCUGACAAAAACAGUGCCAGCACUCGAAACCGUGACAGAAUCUGCUCUGGAAGAGCACUCCAUGGAAACGAUGACAAAACCUGCAGCGACAGAUACAAGUGCUCCACCUCCUCCGGCUGUUACCAGCAACACGACGGCGACGGCGACGUCGACGACGACGACGGCAACCAGUGGCAGCUCCACUGGGGAGGCGGUUGCGGCUGAAAGUGUUUCCAGCAGUAGCAGUUGCAGUAAUAAAGCGACCGUGCACCGACAAAGACGCCUGCGUACACCGGUCUGGGCGAGAUCUAUGUCGACGAAUAAAACGCGCCUGGCCGACGAGGACGAUGAAUUAUCGGAGGUGCAACCGGAUGCAGUGCCACCGGAGGUGCGCGAGUGGUUGGCCUCCACGUUCACGCGCCAGAUGGCCACCAGCCGCCGCAAGAGCGACGAGAAGCCCAAGUUCCGUUCGGUGGCCCAUGCCAUACGGGCUGGCAUCUUUGUGGACCGCAUUUACAGGCGCGUAUCCAGCUCCGCAUUGAUGCAAUUUCCACCCGAUGUGGUCAAGCUACUUAAGAACCUGGAUGACUGGACAUUCGAUGUUUUUGCUCUGACGGAGGCGGCCAGCGGACAGGUGGUCAAAUAUGUGGCCUACGACCUCUUGAAUCGCUACGGAGUGAUACACAAAUUUAAGAUUGCACCCGGCGUGCUGGAGGCAUUCCUGCACCGCGUGGAGGAGGGCUACUGUCGGUACCGCAAUCCGUACCACAACAAUCUGCACGCGGUGGAUGUGAUGCAGACGAUCCACUACUGUCUGUGCAACACGGGCCUGAUGAACUGGCUGACGGACCUGGAGAUAUUCGCCUCGCUGCUGGCCGCCCUGCUGCACGAUUACGAGCACACGGGCACCACCAACAACUUCCACGUGAUGUCCGGCUCGGAGACGGCGCUGAUGUACAACGACCGGGCGGUGCUGGAGAACCACCAUGUGAGCGCCAGCUUCCGGCUGCUGCGGGAGGACGAGUACAACAUAUUGUCGCAUUUGUCGCGCGAGGAGUACCGCGAGAUGCGCACCUUGGUGAUCGACAUGGUGCUGGGCACCGACAUGACCAAUCACUUCCAGCAGAUGAAGACAAUGCGCAACCUGCUGACGCUGCAGGAGGCGACCAUUGACAAGUCGAAGGUGCUGUCCCUGGUGCUGCACUGCUGUGAUAUCUCCCAUCCGGCCAAACAGUGGGGCGUGCACCAGCGCUGGACCAUGCUGCUGCUGGAGGAGUUCUUCCGCCAGGGCGACCUCGAGAAGGAGCUCGGACUGCCGUUCAGUCCGCUCUGCGAUCGCAACAACACGCUCGUCGCCGAGUCGCAGAUCUGUUUCAUCGACUUCAUCGUCGAGCCCAGCAUGGGCGUCAUGUCCGACAUGCUCGAGUACAUCCUGACCCCCAUCGCCCCCGUACUAAAGACGAAGCCGUUGCCGCUGCUGGAGCAAGAAGGGGCCAGCCUGGUGGGCGGCUCCCGGCCCUCCGACCGUCGCACUGAUGAGAAGUCCUCCGACUGCAGUGCCCCGCCCAUGGCCCGCAAGAGCCUCACCGGCGGCACUACUACCAAGUUCGUAAUACCCAAGCCCUGGCUUCUCUGUCUCGCCGAAAACAAAAAGAUCUGGAAGGAGCAGGCCGUCAAAGAUGCCGAGAGCCGUGCUUUGGCCACCGCUGCAGAGGAAGCCGCUGCCAACGCCGCGGAAGACGGAGACAAGCCUGCAGCGGAAACGGAAGCUGGCGGCGAGGAAACAGCAGCAGCAACAGAGGCGGAGGCGGCGGCAGAUGGCGGUGCAGCCACCUAAACAUACACAUAGGAAAAAAAUAAAACAACAAAAACUUGAACAAAAAUUAAAAAUGAAUUAGCAAGCACACAAACAACCACAAUUCCAAAUGAACAAAAGAAAAUGGUAUAAUGUUAUAUACGCUUAGGAGCAACAUAGAAAAUAUGAUUAUAAAAACCGCUUCAGAUGCGCUCUCUCUAUGUGAAUGUUGGUAGAAUUAGAGAUGCUUAGGAUCUGUAGUUGGAACAGAGACAAGAUACAAGAUAAAUACUAAAAUAUAUAUAUAUUAUAAUACAUAAAUUGUUGUUGCAAGAAUUAAGAAAUUAUUAAGGACAGGCGGCACAAAGCAUAUGGAUAUGAAUACGAAUUAAAGUUCCAGUUCGCGUAGAAUGUACUGAACGAGUACAUAUGUGUAUAGGAGGAUGGGAUGGGAAUUCGUUGGUUCGUUUCGAGAAGCAUUUAUAGUUAGAUUUGAGUUAUAGGACACUCUAACCUUAACCAUGACCUGUAUUUGCAUUAGUUUUUAGUGACAUGUGGAAUUUACGUAAAUAUAUAAUUAUAUGAUUUCUAUAAGUUUGAUUUAUGGAAUUUUGUUCCAAUUAAAGUACAUAUAUUUUUGUAACCAUUUCCAUUGA